AUGAGUGAUGCUUUGGAACGAAGAAAACAAGCAAAAAAUCUAAAAGCCUCACAAUCGCUUCCUUCCCAUCUUCGAAGACGAGCUGCUAGUCAUAAUGUCAAGCGAUUACCGAUGGAGCAGAACAAGACCAAGAUUAGUAGGCGGAAGAAAAGGCGCCCAGGUUCUUUGGUUGAAGAGUAUACUCGUAGACAAGCGAAAAUUCGGUGGUUAGAAACACAUAUUUGGCAUACAAAGAGAAUGAAAAUGAUUGAAAUCUGGGGAUACAAAUUGGCAGAGCAUCCAAGCGAAAAAAGCAUAAAAUCUUCAUACCGAGCAAGUUCGCAUCUCUCCAUAAUAAACGAUGUCUCUUAUUUCGGAUUUAUAAAAUUGACGGGCGAACAGACACACUUGAUCAAAUUAUUCAACUCGGUGACCGAUCCUACUUUGCCGUCUAUUGGAAGCGAAAAAUACCUCAAAGGAAAACGACAAUGUUAUACAUAUUUAUACUAUUUUUCAAAAUAUCCAACACACUUAGUUUCACCCAUGAACCUAAUUUGGCAACCCAGGAACGAAAUAGAUGACGUUUCUCAAAAUAUUCUUGUGUGGAUUCAUCCUUCUGCAUUUGAUGAAGCUAUAAGUGUAUUUAAUGAGGCUAUUAAAUAUCUUGGAUUAGAAGAAGAUAUAAUCUUGAAAAAUCUUCAAACCGAACUUUUGAUGUUCGAAAUAACCGGACCAAGAUCAACAGCUUUGUUACAAUCAGUAUUGGACUUGGACGAAGAAAACACCAAUGCAUCACAAUCCAAUAAAGUGUGGAAAGCGUUACAGGAUUUACGCACAUCGGCAUCAUUACCACAUGGUGUAGUAUUAGGAUUGGAAAUAAUUGACCCUCGUUUAAGUUUCCCUAAAAAAGUUCCAUCACGUACAGAUAUCAUAUCAGAGGCUUCACAACAAAAUUUGCAAGAGAUCUUGAAUUAUUGGCCUGAUAAUGUCGCGGCAUCCGAACUCUGGGACGACGAAAAACGAAAAUUAUUGAAGGAAAAUAAAAUUUCCGACGGAGAUUUGAAUAAACGACGAAGCCAGAAUCUUAUUCCAGGACAGAAAUUAUUACCCCUAGCAGAAGAUGCUCGGAUCCCAAUAUUAUUAGUUCAAAGAGGCGCACAAACUUCUCAAGUGCAACAGCAGCAGCAGCGACAAUAUCCUUCUGAAUACACUUGCGGCUGGAAUAUAAUAUUACCAGUUGGAUGGGGCAUGGCGUUCUGGAAAAGCUUUAUUUUUGCAGGAGCAUGGGUUGGCGGUCUUCGCGAAAGACAUAACUUUCAUUUCGAAGCUGGUCUUUCUUAUUUUCCGUGCGAUUAUCCCGGAACUAAAUCAUAUGACGAAUACUCACUUCAAGAAAAAACCAAAGCCGAAGACGCGUAUAAUAAACAUCCACCUGCUAAACGACCCAACUUCAAAAAACUUUUCGUCUCGUCUCCAUUCGAAGCACCAUUUCACGAUAUGUUAAGAUCCAACGAAUCCUUAUUAUCAUCCGAGCAAGAUGAUGAAAAAAUUGGUCAACCACCACCUAAAAAUACCAAAAAAAUUUGGAUUCUACAGGGUGAGAAGAACUUGCGAUUGCUAAAGGAAUCGGCGAAUCUGGAUGAAUUUAAAGAAAAACUAGUUGGACAAAUAAAGGACAGAACGAGUUCACGUGUCUUGAAUGAACAUUCGUUAGAUAUUUCAAAAGCAGUUGUACGUGUUCGUGUUGAUUUCUUAGCACGGGGCGUUGUUGGAUCCCGUGCGAUAAUUUAUAAGGUUGAAAAGGAUUCUUAUGAUUAUUGGAUGACAAGGAACCAGUCGCGGGAUAGUGAUUUCGAAGAUUCUGAGGAUUCAGAUGACAACGAUACGGUCAAAGAAAAAAAGGAUAAAAAGUCAUCGUACCAUAUCCCACCAGAUAGCGAUACAAUUGGCUACGUGACUACUGGUCAAUUCUCAUUCAAUAAAGGUCACGGCUUCGCAAUUGGAUGUUGUUCCAUGGCAGCAAUUCAUGAUCUCUUGAAAAAGCAAAUAAGUAGUAAAAGUUCGACCGAAUCAAAAAGCGGACAAAGGUCGACGAUGAUUGUUAAUAUGAAGAUGGUAGUCUUAGUUAGAAAAACUACAAGUAUGACAAGUCAACCAGCAUCCAUUGAACUUUUACAGUGA